AUGACGGCAGGACAUGUUACUGCUCUUCAACAGAGAGUCUCUGAACUCGGUAUUUCACGGUUAGCCAUUGUCUUUACUACACUUGCCACCCGUAUCGGUGGUGGAGCAAAGCGUGGUGCAGCUAGAAUUACUGAAAGGAAAAUGAACGAAGAUCAGACAGUGAGACAGCAAGGGCCGAAGUCCGCUGGCAGAUUAUAUGUGAAAGCAGUAUUUGCUGGCUAUAAACGUUCGCAGCGAAAUCAGCAUGAGCAUACAUCACUUCUAAAACUGGACGGAGUUUACAACAAACAGGGUGCUCAGUGGUAUGUUGGGAAAAGAGUCUUGUAUGUUUAUAAAGCACAUAAAAAACAAAAGUGCGUGGAAAAGUACCAAGUCGCGUACGAGCAAUUUGGGGAAGAAUAA